AUGAGAAACAUGGAUGGUAUUCUGGAUGGGGCCAGGCUGAGUCGCAAGAGACGACAUGUCGAUGAGGAGGAAACUUUCUCGCAGUCGGUGAGUAUUGACCGGUUUGAGGACAGUGUUGCAGUCAAACGCGUGAAAGAUAUCAAGGGCAUUGAACUGGAAAUACUGGGAUGGGAUCUUCUGUUCGCAAUUCGGGAUGCGCAAUUGGGUCAAGACUCAAUACCUGCGUGGAGCAAAGAUUGGGAGCGGAAGCGAUACGACUCUUUCAUGGACAGGUUCAACGAGGUAGUUCUCUCUUUGACGAAAGCGAAAACCGUUGUCAGCAGUCUCUUGAACGUAGGGUUCAUGAAGCGCCUUGCUGCUGCUCCGGAACGAGAGCUCCAUCGGAAAAAGGACAACAAGCGCCUCAACUUGGAUCGAGAUAUCUCCGUCAAAGCUGGGAACUAUGCCAGGAAGCAGGGUUUGGUGAAUGUCAACCAGGAUAACGGCAUCAAGGCCGCUAACGGGAGGUAA